CCUCUUUCUAAUUAAUUAUAAGUUGUUCUUGUAGGUUCUAACAUGUAUGUCUUGGUUUGCAAUUAAAACCAAAACACAAAACGCUCUUACAGCUCUCCGAUUCAUUCAAUCAUGGGCUCCGACGACGAUGAUCAUCAUCAUCAUCUCCGGAAGUUCGGAACCCGCCACAAGAUCAUGAUCUCUGCAAUUUUCAGUCUAUUCAUAGUUGUUCUUGUCAUUCUUUUCCUCCAUUUUUAUCUCCGAUAUCUCCAAAGGCGCCGAAGACAAUCCAGAUUAAUUAGUCUCGAACAGCAGAUUUCACGAGCCGAUCGCCAAAAUCACACCGCGGCGGCGGCGGCGCCUAAGGCCGGCCUGGACCCUGUCCUUAUAGCCAGAGUUCUGCCGGAAUCCAUCCACAAGCAAGCUGAUCAUCGCGGCGAAAUCGUAGAGUGCUCCAUUUGCUUGAGCAACAUCGAAGAGAAAGCCGCCGUCAGGAUUCUCCCAAAUUGCAAGCACAUAUUCCAUGUGGAGUGUAUCGAUAUGUGGCUUUUUUCCAAUACAACCUGCCCUGUCUGUCGGACGGCGGUGGAGCCAAUACUUACAGCGACGAACGAGCACGGCGAGGUUCCGACGGCUCCGCCGUUGGUGGAGGAGCAAUCCGGCUCUAGGUUUAGUUCGUUUAGAAGGACAAUGAGCAGAGAACGAUCUCAGGCGGUUCAUGCGACGGCUCCACCGUUGACGGAGGAGCAACCGAGCUCUCGGCUGAGCUCUUUUAGAAGAAUGAUGAGUAGAGACAGAGAGAGAUCAUUUAGGGUUCAUAGUUGUGGAGAAGCAUCUGUUCGAUCUGCAGAUUUAGAGAGGCAAUGAUUUCAAUUCUUCUAUACACUUUCUAAAUUUUCAAUUUGGCUUACAAUUUCUCUGCUGCAUGUACAGAUAGUUUUUAUUAAAAUCUAUUUGUGGCUCUGUUUUUUUCUUUGGUUAUUUCAAUAUUGUUCUAAUAACUGAGGAUUUUGAUUGGA